AUGUCGGAAGCAUUGCAGCAUCUUCAAGCGAUGCUGAAGCCGCCGCAUUCCUUAGUACCAACUGUUGCAGAUACGUCACAUAUCCAACGCCUGUUCCAUAAAUGGGAAAAAGAAGCAAGAGGAAAAGGACUGAGUUAUUCUUCAUGGCUGGCUCUCAUGACCGCAACAGUGAUUGGCGCGAGCUCCGAGGCGUCGAUGACGGCGCUCUAUCAUCAUGCAACAGCAUCCAUGGACCUGAAAGACAGCAUCGUCAUUGCGGAAUUCAUGCGGGAAAUUGGCUUGAAAGGUAUAGCUGUUGUCAGCCUUCCGCAAAUCAUGGACAUGCUCGAUGAAUUCCGUGCUUCUCUACCUUCAGCCGUUAUAUCGUCCCUCAACACAAGGUCAUCAUCCUUUGCAAAUUCCGAUAAUAUCAAUUCCAUCAAAGAGCAGGGUGAAAAGCUGUGGAAUGCUAUUCACCAUCCGAAUGGAGGCAAGAUUGAGCGUAGGUUGGCAAACGCUCACCCAGACCUUGGCAACUAUAUCAGAUACCAUGUCUACGGUGGAUUGCUAUCACGGGAUUACGCUGUAACAGUCGGACGUAUCACGAUAAGUCUCUGUGCUAUUGCGUGUUUGCGGGCAAGUCGGCCAUUUAGUCGACAACUAGCAGGUCAUGUUCAUGCUCUGAAGAAGACGUGGAACGACGGAUCUUGGAUAUCCGAUCCGAAUGCUGGCUCGCAGGAAGGGGUGAGGUGGCUCACCAGUGACGAAGGCUGCAUAUGGGUACUGGAAGUGGUGGACGACCUUGUCUUGGCAAUAAAGAAUGGACGUACAGCCAGCCCCAUAAUGAAAGCAUCAAGGCUAUGA